CAACCAUCGACACACCGCAAAGAUGAAGCUCCAACUAAUUUUGGGCGCUGCUGCAGUUGCUCUUGCAGCUUCGCACGACGACAACGAUGACACUCCUCUUCCCGUCAUCCUGUGGCACGGUCUCGGAGACGAUGCGACUGGCGAAGGCGUCCUUCAAGUUGGCGAGCUUGCUGACGAAAUCAACCCCGGCACCUUCUUCUAUCCGAUCAACCUAUCCAAAGAUGGUGCGAGUUCCGACCGCUCAGAGACCUUCUUUGGCAACGUGUCAGAUCAAGUCAGCCGAGUCUGCGAGACGCUAGCCGCCCAUCCUAUUCUCUCUACUGCACCCGCUGUCGACGCCAUCGGCUUCUCCCAAGGCGGACAAUUUCUUCGCGGCUACAUCGAGCGAUGCAAUAAACCCCCUGUUCGCAGCUUGGUAACAUUUGGUAGCCAGCACAACGGCAUUACCGAGUUCAAGGACUGCGCCCCCUCCGACUUUCUCUGCAAGGGCGCCAUGGCUGUGCUGCGGUACAAUGUUUGGGGAAGUUAUGCGCAGAGCAGUAUUGUUCCAGCACAGUACUACCGCCCUACCGAGGACUACAACUCAUAUCUCGAGUCCUCAAGCUUCCUGGCUGAUAUUAACAACGAGCGCAAGGACAAGAAUGCCCAGUACAAGAAGAACCUUGCUGGUCUGACAAAGUUUGUCAUGUACCAGUUUGCCAACGACACUGUAGUGAUUCCCAAGGAGUCGUCGUGGUUUGAUGAGAUUGUGGAUGGAGAGAGAGUGGUUCUGCGCAAGCGCAAUAUUUACAGAGAAGACUGGAUCGGCCUCCGCGAGCUUGAUCAAAAGGGCGCUCUGGUGUUCAAGUCGAUUGUGGGCGAGCACAUGCGUAUUGGCGAGGAGACGCUGCGAGAUGCUAUCAAGAGCUACUUUGGCCCUAUGAACCGUCAGUUUGACGCUCAAGAGCCCGCUGUUUCCGAGGACGAUAUAGUCGACGAGCUGUAAAUCAAGAUUGUACAUUUAUGGGACAUGCAUGAUAUAUGAAUAUUGGAUAACGGAUAGUUUGCAAAUGUAACACUUUUUCUAGUCGUGAAU